GGGAUCGGGACAGGCUGUCACCGGCGUCCCCGGCUCCAACAGCUGGGCCUGCCCGUGCCUGCCAGCAUGAGCUCCAGGAAGCGGAGCUUCACCUUCGGGGCCUAUGGAGGGGUGGACAAGUCAUUCAUCUAUCACAGAAGCCUCCGGAAGAACGAUGGGCCAAGCCAGCAUGUCUCACACACUGUAGAGCUGCCCUGGGUGGGCUCUGCUCCACCCCACCCCAAGACUUCAGAGUUGUUUGAGAUGAUCGAAAAGAUGCAGGGAAGCAGAAUGGAUGAACAGCGAUGCUCCUUCCCACCCCCUCUCAAGACUGAAGAGGAUUAUAUCCCAUAUCCCAGCGUCCAUGAGGUGCUGGGGCGUGAGGGGCCGUUUCCCCUCAUCUUGCUUCCACAGUUCGGGGGCUACUGGAUCGAAGGCACCAACCAUGAGUUGACCGGCAUCCCUGAAACGGAGUCGCUUCCGUCUCCAACCUCCAAGGGGAAACUGGAAUGUAACCACAUGGCCAGGAUCUACAGGAAGCAUUUCCUGGGCAAGGAGCACUUCAACUACUACUCCCUGGACACAGCACUGGGCCACCUUGUCUUCUCUCUCAAGUAUGAUGUCAUUGGUGACCAGGAGCACCUGCGGCUGCUGCUCAGGACCAAGUGCCGAACGUACCACGAUGUCAUCCCCAUCUCCUGCCUGACUGAGUUCCCCAACAUCGUGCAAAUGGCCAAGCUGGCGUGCGAGGACGUGAACGUGGAUCGGUUCUAUCCCGUGUUGUACCCAAAGGCCUCCCGUCUCAUUGUCACCUUCGACGAGCAUGUCCUCAGCAAUCACUUCAAGUUCGGUGUCAUCUACCAGAAGUUGGGCCAGACGUCCGAGGAGGAGCUGUUUGGCACCACCGAGGAGAGCCCAGCCUUCGUGGAGUUCCUCGACUUCCUGGGCCAGAAAGUCCAGCUGCAGGAUUUCAAAGGGUUCCGGGGGGGGCUGGAUGUGACCCAUGGCCAGACAGGAACAGAAUCCGUCUACUGCACCUUCCACAGCAAGGAGAUCAUGUUUCACGUGUCCACAAAGCUGCCCUACACCGAGGGCGACACCCAGCAGUUGCAGAGGAAAAGGCACAUCGGGAACGACAUUGUGGCCAUCGUCUUCCAGGAUGAAAACACACCCUUCGUGCCAGACAUGAUCGCCUCCAAUUUCCUGCACGCCUACAUCGUGGUGCAGGCGGAGAAGCCCUGCUCCGAGAGCACGCUCUACAAGGUCUCCGUCACAGCCCGCGACGAUGUGCCUUUCUUUGGCCCCCCACUGCCUGACCCAGCCGUUUUCAGAAAGGGCAUCGAGUUCCAGGAGUUUCUGCUGACCAAGCUGAUCAAUGCCGAGUAUGCCUGCUACAAAGCUGAGAAGUUUGCCAAGCUGGAGGAGCGCACGCGGGCAGCUCUGCUGGAGACGCUGUACGAGGAGCUGCAUGUUAACAGCCAGUCCAUGAUGGGCCUGGGUGGGGACGAGGACAAGCUGGAGAAUGGCAGCGGGGGGAGCGGAGGCUUCUUCGAGUCCUUCAAGCGCGUGAUCCGCAGCCGCAGCCAGUCCAUGGAUGCCGUGGGCCUCAGCAGCAAGAAGCAGAACACAGUGUCCACCAGCCACAGCGGCAGCUUCAGCCACAACAACCCAGACAUGGCCAAAACCACAGGCAUAUCAUUGCUUGUCCCUGGAAAAGUGCCAAGUAGGUGUGGACGUCGAGGCAGCGCCAUAGGGAUAGGAACCAUAGAAGAGUCGCUGAUUGUUCCUGGGAAGAGCCCGACACGGAAGAAAUCUGGCCCCUUCAGCCCCCGGAGAAGCAGUGCCAUCGGCAUUGAGAACAUCCAAGAGGUGCAGGAGAAAAGGGAGAACCCAGCAGGUCCUCAGAAGACGCCUGACAGCGGCCCCAUGUCCCAGGAGCCCAAGUCGGAGAACUCGUCCAACCAGAGCUCUCCAGAGAUGCCCACCACGAAGAACAAGGGGGAGCCAGCAUUGCAGAGGCCCGAGGUGCUGCGGGAUUUCUCCUCGUCAUCCAGCGCCAGCAGCUUCGGCAGCGUGGUGGAGGAGAACGAGGGUGCUGACGAUGACACGGGCGUGGAGAGCCAGGCCUCGGGGACGCCCCAUAAGCGAGACUCCUUCAUCUACAGCACAUGGCUGGAUGACAGCCUCAGCACUGCCAGCAGGGGGAGCUCUCCAGGCCCCUCCCAGUCUCCCCAGCCAGAGCCCAGGAAACCUGGAGACCCUGCCUGUCCGGAGAUCAAAAUCCAGCUGGAGAGGUCUGAGCGGCACAUGCCCUCCUUGCCUGGAGAAGACGGGGAUUCUUACGGCCUGUGCCCAGCGCCCUUGCCCCACUCUCCUUCGCCUGCAGCACCCACACAAGAAGCACAAGCUGAAGGGCUUGCGGAGGGCCCUGACCUCUGUCACAGCUGAAGACGACUGGCCCAUCACUGAAGCCAGCAGCCGAAGCCUGUGGCCUAAGAUGGCCAGGCCAGCUCCCUCCUUCCCUUCCCACAAUGCGGCCAGGCACUGGCUGCCUGAGAGCCAGCGUGGCACAGUGGGAAGGUCCCACCACAUGGCUGAGGAGGCUUCAGGCCAUCUGCCUGUGCCCAAAAAGCCUCUCCCGCAAGCAAUCAAGACCUUGGAAGAGAUUCCUGAUGGCCCUGCCCGUCAUGUCCCCAGUCCCCACCCAGAGCUCGGAUUGUUCUGCACUUUCCUGAUGGGACAUGCCGUGCCAAACACUUCAUCCAUGCCCAGCCCUUGGACCCUGGGACAUGUCCUGCAGCCCAGGGCACCUGGCAGGCUUUGAAGGAACCUCGACACUCAGCUGCCAGGAACGAUGCCAUGGUGUGUUAGAGCCCAGCCACUCCCCACUGACGGGCCAAUCACCCGUGGCAGCUAGACUCUCCAGCCCCCACCUCUCCCGGCCAGCUGUUCCCCGUUCCCCACAUUGGCCAGUCUUACCCUGAGAGCCUCCUCAAGGCCAUCCCUGGGAAUCUGACCCAGCCCCAGAGGAGGAAGGCUGGCACAUAGAUGGUAUCUAGGGUGAAGGAUGCCUGUCACUGGAAGAGCCCAGGAUAGGGAGGAGUCCUGGGGGAAGGAGGGAUUGGGAGACUUGGCAAACUAGCAGUGGGACCCUGGUCCAAGGGAGAAGGUCUGACCCUGCCCUGGCCUGGAAGGCCGUGCCUCCAGCUGUGCACUGCCAGCCCCCCUGCAGCACUCCGACAGGCUGGCCGAUCUCCAGUGGCAGGUGUAUAUACCCCCCCCACCGCCAUCUGUACACAGCCACCGAGCAUGGCCUUGAACAGCAGCCCUGGCACUGGGCUGAUGCCCAGGCUGCGGAGGAAAGAGCCAGGCCUGGAAUGGCUCUUCCCUGCCAGAGGGAGGGCUGCUUCACCUCCGCAAGCCAGUGAGGGUGUGGCUGGCCUGGGCAUGGAGGCAAAAGCCGGUGGUGUCCCAGUGCUGUGGGACACUAGCCCAGACUUUCAGCAUCCCCCCACUGGUAACACAGGGCUGCGCAGUGCCCCUAUGCAGAGUCCCCUCGGUCUGGCACCUUAUGUCCCAGCUGCUCCAUGGGCCUGGCAGCAUGGGGGGGGCUUCACCUGGGCCCCAGCACAGGGGCUCCCUGUGCACACUGCUCCCCUCCUGCCCUUAGUGAGGCUCAUACUCUCCACAAACACCACUGCAGCUCUGCCCCGUGGCCAGCCAGGGGCGCUCAGCCCCCACUCUCUUCUUAACACCCUGGAAGCAGAGUCGUGCGGAGAGCAAUUGGGCGCUGUGGGCCGGGUGGGGCAUGCGAAUGGCUGUGAGGAGCAGUGCGGGGGCAGUGCCUCCAGACGGGUCUGUGAGAGCUCGGCUGCAUUCGGUUUCACGACUGCCCAGCUCGGGGGCACCCAGGCCUGAGCAGGAUGGAAUCAGAGUGUGUGAACCCAGGACUGGGCAAACGCCUCAUGCCCUUAGAGUCUGUUUAUCCCAAAGAGCCAUGGCGCCUGGCAGACCCAUCGCAGCCACACAGGUGAACCCCGGCUCCUGCUGCAGGCGGCUGGCCAGCUAGCUGACAUGCUGCACCAGUAGCCCAGCGGCAAGGGAGGGUCGACAGGCCUGGGCGGGAAAAGCCAAUUCAUUUUUUCAGGGAUUUUUUAAAAAAAUAUUUUUUUCCCAGAAAGCUUCCUGCAGUAUUUUUUUUUUUUUAUGAAAAAAAUGACCCGAAACCCCUGAAUGGUGAGUUUUCACAAACACCUUUCUGGUCAAAUUUCCAAUUUUGUUUGAAAAUAUUUUAAUCCAGAAAUGUUCCAUUUAUGUUUUUUCAUUGACAGGAACAUUUUGACUAAAGUGACACAGGGUGCCAGGAGUCCCUGAACCUAGCCAGCCCUGCCCCCCCCCCCCAAAACAACAAAAACUGGGCAGGGGGGGAAAUGUUACCAAAAUAAAAAUUUUGGAUCCCAAAAAAAUCAUUUUGCUGAAAAAUACCUUUUUUGUUGGAAAAAAACAUUUUGGGGGGGAAAGUCUGCCAGCUGUGAUAUUAACCUCUUCUGUGCCACUGCCCCGGGUCAUGGGCAGCACAUGAUGGACUGCAAAGAGCAGACCUGUGCUGCUCUCCAGAGCAGCUUCCUGGCUGCCACAGGGGUCACCAGCCACUCCGAGUCCAUUAGCUCCUGAAGUCGGAUGAGCUGGUGUGUAGGCAUGGGUCUGUUUUCAUGUGGGGGCAUGCACAGCACAGUGUAAAAAAAAAAAUUGAAAUGGCUUCCUCUGCGGGCAGGAAGGUACAAUGCCAUGAUGUGUAUGUAUUUAAUUUGAAACUGCCUACUGUCUAUGUAAUAUAACUAUGCUGUGAACACCCAGGGUAUUUUAUGUCUGUGUUGUAUUCCUUUUUUUUUAAAGCAACAUAAAAUGCAUUGGAUCCAAUUCUAAAUUAAUGUUCAGAAACUAAUUUUUUUUUAAAUCCGAGAUUGUGUUUGUGUUUGUGUUUCUGGUGACAUAUGUAUAAAAUAAAGUUCUAUUUAUCGCCA